AUGUUCCGCUGCAUUGCAUCACUGACGACGUCAGGAGUGCUCCUUUUUGCGGCUGCCACCGCCACCUUCUUUCCCGAUGGAUCGUGGCCCGCCAGCAAGGGUGCUGUGAAGUACUCGAGGCCUUACACGGUCAAGGCUGGCGAGCUGUUUGACGGCAAGAUGAAGACAUACGAGCGCUCAAACGUCAUGUGCUCGGGUGGUGAGGGCCAAGGAAACACGGCUGUCUUUAUCGUGGAGGCUGGUGGUGCAUUGAAGAAUGCCAUCAUUGGCAAGAACCAGAAGCAGGGUGUGCAGUGCAACAACAAUGACUGUGUCCUUGAGAACGUCUGGUGGAACGACGUGUGCGAAGUAGCGAUGAUCGUCCGAAGCGGAACUGCGUCGAGCGUAUCGAAACUAAUCGGUGGUGGUGCCAGGUAUGCCACGGACAAGGUCGUUCAGCACAAUGGCCGCGGCAAGGUUGAGAUCAUGGGCUUCUACGCCGAGGACAUCAGCAAUCUUUACCGCUCGUGUGGUACGUGUGGUAAGAUGACUCGUCAAGUGACGGUGACCAACGUGUACAUUGUGAACCCAACCAACGCGGUUGUGACGGUGAACAAGAAUUGGGGCGACCGUGCUAUGCUGAGGAACGUCCAGAUCAAGUCGAGUCAAAAGGCCGCUGUGAAGGUGUGUCAGUGGAUGGAGGGCAACGUCAAUGGAGGGGGCAAGAAGGUGGGUCACGGCCCUUUGAAUUCGCUCUGCCAGUACGCGGCAAGUGAUGUGCUUAUCAACAAGGGCGCGCCCCGUACCACGCAGGUUUCGGUCAACUCGGACAGUUCGGACGAUGUUUCGCAGACACCGUUGCAGGAAUCCGUUGAGGACUCGAAAAGCGCCACGCCGUCUCUCCGAAAGACUGGCAAGAAAUCGGGCGUUGGCAAGACACAGACAUCUUCAGCGAAGGCUCCCACCUCCGGAGGUAACAACGUCAAGCGUCCUGGUACUACCAAAUCGACGGGAUCAGUUCCGGACGGUUCGUGGCCUGCCAGCAAGGGUGCCGUCCUGUACAGCACACCGUAUGUGAUCAAGGCCGGCCAGGUGUUUGAUGGUCAGAUGAAGACGUACGAGCGCUCGAACGUCAAGUGCUCGGGUGGAGAGGGCCAGAAGGACACAGCCGUAUUCCUCGUCGAGGCUGGUGGUACAUUGAAGAAUGCCAUCAUUGGUAAGAACCAGAAAGAGGGGGUGCAUUGCGACGACCAUGACUGCACGAUUGAGAACGUGUGGUGGGACGACGUGUGCGAGGACGCGCUGAGCAUCAAGGGCGGAAGUGCGUCCAGUGUGACCACCGUCACCAACUGCGGAGCACGCCACGCAGAAGACAAGGUCAUUCAGCACAAUGGCCCUGGAACGGUCAAGAUCAACGGUUUCUUUGCACAGGAAUUCGGCAAGCUCUACCGCUCGUGUGGCACGUGCGGCAACAUUCCUCGCAAGGUCACGAUAGAGAAUGUGUACGCGAUCAACCCUUUGGUGAGCGUCAUCACAGUGAACAAGAACUACAACGACCAGGCCAUACUGAAAAACAUCCAUGUGAAGUCCAGCAACUCGAACGUCAAGGUGUGUGAGUGGUCACAGGGCGGUGGCAAGCCAUCCAGUGUGGGUAAUGGUCCGUCGGGCAAACUCUGCCAGUACACGACGAGCGACGUGUACAUCAACAAGAGCUAA